CGCGCCGCCGCCAUGGUCGGCCGGGAGAAGGAGCUCAAGAUCCGCUUCGUGCCGGGGCGCUGCGAGCUGGUGGAGGAAGAUGUUGAUAUUCCCAGUAGGCGAGUUUUGAUUACUGGUGCUACGGGACUUCUUGGCAGAGCUGUGUUUAAAGAAUUCAAUGAAAAUAAUUGGAAUGCAGUUGGCUGUGGAUACAGGAGAGCUCAGCCCAGAUUUGAACAGAUUAAUCUUCUGGACUCUAUUGCAGUUCAUGACAUUAUCCAUGAUUUUCAGCCUCAUGUUAUAGUGCAUUGUGCUGCUGAGAGAAGGCCAGAUGUUGUAGAAAGUCAACCAGAUGCUGCUUCUCAGCUCAAUGUGGCUGCUUCAGGGAACUUAGCAAAAGAGGCAGCUGGAGUUGGAGCGUUUCUGAUCUACAUUAGUACAGACUAUGUAUUUGAUGGAACAAGCCCUCCUUAUAAAGAGACUGAUGUACCAAAUCCCCUGAAUUUAUAUGGUAAAACCAAACUGGAGGGUGAAAAGGCAGUCCUGGAAAAUAAUGAAGCUGCUGCAGUACUUAGGAUUCCUGUCUUGUAUGGAGAGGUAGAAAGACUGGAGGAAAGUGCUGUGACUGUUAUGUUUGAUAAAGUGCAGUUCAGUAAUAAAUCUGCCAACAUGGACCACUGGCAACAAAGAUUUCCUACUAACGUCAAGGAUGUAGCAACUGUUUGCAGACAACUAGCAGAGAAGAGAAUGCUGGACCCAUCAGUAAAAGGAACAUUUCACUGGUCUGGCAAUGAACAGAUGACUAAGUAUGAAAUGGCAUGUGCAAUUGCAGAUGCUUUCAAUCUUCCCAGCAGCCACUUGAGGCCAAUUACUGAUUGUCCAGUUGUGGGUGCUCUUCGUCCGAGGAAUGCUCAGCUAGACUGCUCCAAGUUGGAGAUGCUGGGGAUAGGUCAGAGAACGCCAUUUCGAGCUGGGAUCAAAGAAUCACUUUGGCCUUUCCUUGUUGACAAGAGAUGGAGGCAGACAGUCUUCCAUUAGUUUGUAACUUUUUUAGUAAAAGUAUGGUAUGUGGCACUUUUUUAAAAGAAAAAAAUAGUUUUGUAUGAGUGUUCUUAAAUUGUGACAUUUAUGAGUUUUCAUUUAAUCAGGUAAACAUAUGGUCUUGCACUAGUGAAAUUGUUAGCCUAAAAAAAGUUCAGUGACAAAAACUGAGCCUAUUUGAUGUCAUGGAUCUUUCCUUCCAUUCGUACCAGUCUAACUUAAUGUCUAUUCCUAGCGGAUUAUGGUUCUAAGUAAUCAGUACCAUUUGAUGCUAAGAAUGACUCGGAUCACUUGUAGACUUACUUUUCGCUGAAAUAUGUUGUUGAUGCUUAAGGUCUAUGCCAUUGUUGUAUAUACCAUUUCUCUUCAUUAAAAAACAUGGUCACUUACUUGAUCACCAAAAAUCCGAGUUUUUUUGUUUUUAACUUCUGAAAGUGGUGUUCUUAUGAAGUUAAACUGAAGUAGGAAUCGUUAAAUGUUUGUUUUGCUUGAGCUCUGAUCAAGAUGUUUUUUAAAAAAGUGAAACUUUAUUUUUGCAAUUAUCAAGUGUACUUUUUAUGCUUGAAAUAUUUUCAGAAUGUUCUGUAACUUGAAUGCCUGCAGCUUCAUAUUUGUACAGUAAGUUGUAUGCAUUUGUUUUAAUGGUGACAUAUAAAAGCUAGAAGAGGGUUGGGAGGAUGGGGAACAAAUAGUUUUGACGUGU